AUGUACAAGGAAUCCCGUGAGAUGUCUCGAGCCGAUGCUGUUCACGCUUGCUACCAGGACAUGGCUUCUCGACACUGUGCUCGAUUCUGUUUGAUUCAGAUCCUCCAAGUUGCUGAGAUCAAAAAGACAGCAGAUGUUUGCCGGCCUCACUUCAAGCAACUUUUGGUCCCCAAACUUUGUUUCCCUCUACCUUACCAUUAUACCAAGUUCUGA